AGUCUUCUGAGUAAAAAUACACAAAGAGCGAGAGAGCACAGAGCUAGAAAGUAUAGACCAGCUUUUCAGCGACGAAUCCCUAUCAACAUAUUUUGUGGCUCUCGUUCUUUAAUUCCAUAAGGCGGAACCACGACCCAACAGCUUCGCUAUCUGUUAGAGCUCUAUCGCGUUGUUGUUGUAUUGUUUUGAUUGGGAAAUAAAUGAGCAGGAACAGCCACGGGUCGCGAUAAACAAGAUCUCCAUUUCCAGAAGUGAUGGAGGAGCAGACGGGCUCUCCCGCAGCCACUGCUGACAACGGCAGCCAGAGGAAUGGAGAGGAGAAACCUCGGCGUGGCAGCUGGACCAAAGGGAGGAAGAGGAAGAAGCCCAUGAAGGACAGCAACGCACCCAAAGCUCCGCUGACGGGCUACGUCCGCUUUAUGAAUGACAGACGAGAGCAGCUGAGGGCGGAGCGUCCAGACGUGCCCUUUCCCGAGAUUACGAGGAUGCUGGGAAACGAGUGGAGCAAGCUGCCCCCAGAGGAGAAGCAGCGAUACUUGGACGAAGCAGAGCGAGACAAGGAGCGCUACAUGCGAGAGCUGGAGAAGUACCAGAAGACGGAGGCCUACAAACAUUUCACCAGGAAGGUCCAGGAGAAGCAGAAGGGCAAGAGGCACCGGGGGGAUUCUGGACACCAAGCUUCCAGUGAGGCUCUUCAUGAGAGCAAUGCCGAGGGAAAAGACCGGACCGUGUUUGACAUCCCGAUCUUCACAGAGGAGUUUCUCAACCACAGCAAAGCUCGAGAAGCUGAGAUGCGUCAGCUGCGUAAGACCAACAUGGAGUAUGAGGAGCGUAACGCAGCGCUGCAGAAGCACGUGGAGAGCAUGCGCGGGGCGGUGGAGCGGCUGGAGGGGGACGUGAUGCAGGAGAGGGAACGCAACGGGCUCCUCCAUCAGCACCUGGAGACGCUGCGCCAAGCGCUCACUUCCAGCUUCUCCUCUGUGCCUCUGCCAGGCAGCGGAGAGACGCCCACACUUGACACCAUUGAUUCUUACAUGAAAAAGCUCCACAGCGUUGUUGUCAGCAGCCCGCAGGAGCACGAGCAUCUCAUCAGCACCGUGAGAGACGUGGUCAACCGCCUGGACAGAUAAUCAAAUGAAGGUCUGACGACGACUCCUCCCAUCAUGCCUCUCAGCUGAACACCAUGAGCUCAUUGUGACGACGCGUCUCACUUACCGUUAUGUUAUGAAACCUGUUUACGCCUGGGUGACAUGCCUGUAGACAUGUGAAGAUGCGUUCUACUCGUUAAUUCCUGUUUGGGUCCAACACAACAAGGAGUGUUCUGUUUCUCAUAAACAACUUGUGCCAUUGUUUGUUUUUUAGUUUGAAACAUGUUUGUAUUUUUAAUAAAUGUCUUUUCAUUGAGUUCAAAACA